GUCGCCAGCCAGGCCAUCGCCACCAUGCCCAGCAUCCUCCUCUUCCCCAUUUUCCCAUUCAUCGUUGAAGUCCUCCUCGUCCUGUACUUUGUGUUCGUCUCGGCCCUGCUGUACAGCGCCGGGGAUUUGGUGCCCAAGUUCAAGGGUGCCUCCUCGGAGACAGACGUCGGCUCCCUGCUGAGCGCGGACGGAAGCGUCCCCUCCGGCUUCGGCGUGGCUUCCUCGGCCGAUGACUCACCGCCGGCGGUGGCCAAUGUGACGCGCCUCGAGUGCGCCACGGACCCGGAUUGCUACUACGGCGUGGAGUGGGACAACGCGCUUAAGUACAUGUUCCUGUACCACCUCUUCGGGCUGCUGUGGACCAAUCAGUUCAUAGUGGGGUUCGGUUACGUAAGCAUAGCCGGGGCGGUUGCAAAUUUCUACUGGAACCGCGGGGACGUGAGCGCCAUGCCAGCCAGGCCCGUCACUGCGUCGGUGAAACGGACGCUCUUCUACCACCUGGGGUCCAUCGCCUUCGGCGCCUUCCUGGUGGCCGUCAUACAGUUCAUUCGCUUCAUCGUGGAGGUCAUCAACCACAAGACGAAAAAGAUGCAGCAGGAAAACGCGGCUAUCAAGUACAUCAUGAGAUGCGUGCGCUGCUGCCUGUGGUGCCUUGAGAAGAUAAUGAAGUUCAUAAACCGAAACACGUACAUCAUGGUGGCUGUGAAGGGGACGUCCUACUGCCGGUCGGCGGGACGCGCCGUGUCCCUGAUCAUUACGAACGCCCUCCGCCUGGCGGCCGUGAACACGGUGGGCGACGCCGUCAUAUGGCUCGCCAAGAUCACCGUCACGGCGGCCUGCGGCGUGACCGCCUUCCUCAUGGCCGACCUGGACCUGUAUACCAACGAGGAGAAGCACCCGGACACCUUCCUGUCCAGCCCCAUCUUCCCCGUGCUGGUGUCCCUGCUGGUGGGCUACGUCGUGGCGGACCUGUUCUUCGGGGUUUACGAGAUGACCGUGGACACCAUCCUCCUCUCCUUCUGCGAGGACUGCGAGUCGAACGGCGGCAACCCCAAGUUCGCGCCGCCGCUGCUCCUGGAAGCCAUAGGCAAGUCGAGGGAGAGGCAGGAAGCCAAGGGGAAGGAGGUCGCCGAGACCUGA